AUGCUUAUUAACUAUCUUAUUCCGUGGCUGCUAGUGGCACCGCCAGUGAUCGCCCGAACUGGCCCCAAGGCCGUAUUCGCUCAUUUCAUCGUUGGCAAUGCCGCUGCGAUGACCCCCGAACAAUGGGAGUCGGAUAUUCGAGAGGCCCAAGCCGCCCAUAUUGAUGGCUUCGCGCUGAACAUUGCGCCGCAGGAUAGUUACACGGAUGAUGUCCUCGAGAAGGCCUACUCGGCCGCAGAGAGCGUCGGCAAUUUCUCCCUCUUCCUGUCCUUCGACUACGGAUCGGGGGGGCCGUGGCCGGCGGACCGAGUGAUCUCCACGAUCAACGCGUACCGCAAUAGAAGCGCGCAAUAUAACUAUCACGGCAAGCCGCUCGUGUCCACCUUUAUAGGCUCUGGCAACGCCGACGACUGGCCUUACAUCAAACAAUUUGCCGACUGUUUCUUUAUGCCGUCCUGGUCCGACCUGGGGCCUGCGGGAACCCGAGCCUAUCUGGACACCAUUGACGGUGCGUUCAGCUGGGAUGCGUGGCCAGUGGGGGCCCAGAACAAGAACGUGACGAGCGACCGAGAGUGGAUGCACGCGCUGUCCGGGAAGCCGUACAUGAUGCCCGUGUCCCCGUGGUUCUAUGUCAACCUCCCGCAGUGGAACAAGAAUUGGCUGUGGCGGGGGGAUGACCUGUGGCAUUUGCGAUGGGAACAGGUGAUGCAUUUGCAGCCCGAGUUUGUCCAGAUUAUAAGCUGGAACGACUACGGGGAAGCCCAUUACAUUGGACCCAUCUACGAUGCGGGUAUGCCGGAUGGCUCGUCCAGCUACGUCGCGGAUCACCCGCACGAUGCGUGGCGAGCACUCCUGCCGCACUACAUUGCCGCCUACCGAGGAAUGAACACGACGGACCCGUACCAGCCAUCCCAGCAGCUGCCCGUGGCGGAUAAGAUGGUGUACUGGUACCGGUUGAAUCCGAGCCACGCGGGGAGCGCCAAUGGCACGACGGGGAACAACCCGGCGAUGGGCCAAGAGGAGAUGAUGCCGGGCCAGGUGGCCCAGGACCGGGUCUUUGUCAGCGCCGCGGUGCAGGCGGCCAGUGAGAUCGUGGUGCAGAUUGGAUCUUUUCCCCCGACCGUUCUGCAGGCGUCGGGGCCGGGCCUCAAUCACUUUUCAGUGCCGUUCAAUGGGCAGACGGGGCCGGUGCGGAUCGUGAUGAUGCGCAACGACGGCGAGGUGGCGGCGACGGUUGGGCCGGCGAUCACGGAGGAGUGCCAAGAUGGCAACGUGAACUGGAAUGCGUAUGUGGGUUCGAGCGACUAG